AUGGCCUUUGCCCUCUCCGCCCGCCCCGCCGCUGGCCUCGCCGCCGCCGCGCGCCCCAAGCGCGCCGCCGUGCGGGCCGCGGCCAUCAACCGCGACGCGCCCAUGUACCGCGCGGGCGGUGCGUCCGACGCCCCCGCCAACGCCACGGCGCCGGUGUCGACGCCGUUCGAUGACUACCGCUUCGCCCCCAUCCGCGAGGCAACGGUGUCUCGCGCCAUGACCAGCCGCUACUUCAAGGACCUGGACAGCUACGCCGAGGCCGACGUCAUCAUCGCCGGCGCCGGCUCCGCGGGCCUGGCGUGCGCCUACGAGCUGUCCAAGCUCGCCCCCGACGCCAGGAUCGCUAUCAUCGAGCAGAACGUGUCCCCCGGCGGCGGCGCGUGGCUGGGCGGCCAGCUGUUCAGCGCCAUGGUCAUCCGCAAGCCCGGCCAGGCCAUCCUUGACGAGCUGGCCGUGCCCUACGAGGACGAGGGCGACUACGUUGUCGUGAGGCACGCCGCCCUCAUGACCGCCACCCUGCUCUCCAAGGUCCUGCAGGCGCCCAACGUGAAGCUGUUCAACGCCACUGCCGUUGAGGACCUCAUCGUGCGCGACGACGCCGUCAGUGGCCGCCGCAUCGGGGGCGUCGUCACCAACUGGACCCUGGUGACCCUCCACCACGACACCCAGUCCUGCAUGGACCCCAACGUCCUGGAGGCCAAGGUCGUGGUGUCGACCUGCGGCCACGACGGCCCCAUGGGCGCGCACUCCGUCAAGCGCCUGGCCAAGCUUGGCAUGGUCGACGAGAUCCCCGGCAUGGCGGCCCUGGACAUGAACGCGGCCGAGGACCGCAUCGUCGCCAACACCCGCGAGGUGGUGCCCGGCAUGGUGCUCGCCGGCAUGGAGCUGUCGGAGAUCGACGGCUCCCCCCGCAUGGGCCCCACCUUUGGCGCCAUGUUUGUGUCGGGCCAGAAGGCCGCCCACGUCGCCCUCGGCGUGCUGCGCCGCCGCCAGGCCCAGGAGGCCGCCGCCAGGGCCACCACCCAGGCCGGCGCCAAGCAGGCGCUCUCUGCCUAG